UAAUUCAUAUUUUUAAAAUCAAAUUUCAAUGAAUUAAAAGAACAACAAAAUUGAGAUAGUGGUCGGAAGCAAGAAAUUUAAUGGCGGGAGAAGAAGAAGAGGAUUACAUGGGCGACCUCUCUCAGUUUGUAGCCGUUUCUCAAUCUUCUUCAAAGAAGGGUUCUGCAAGUGAUGUAGUAGCGUCGAAUUCAUCGAGCAAGAAAUCGAAAGCCCCCAAAAAUUGGCACGAGCAGAAAAGGCUGAAAAGAGAGCGUAAGCAAAUAGAAGAGGAUAAGCAAACAUUGGCGAACUUAGGUUCAGCAAUUCCGCAAUCGAAUAUCGGUUUCAAAAUGCUUAAACAAAUGGGGUACACUCCUGGCUCGGCGUUGGGGAAGGAAGGUUCUGGAAGGGCUGAGCCGGUUAUAAUGGAGAUAAAAAGAGGUCGGGGCGGAAUAGGUAAAGAGGAUCCCGUGAUAGAGAAGAUUAGGAGAGAGAAAGAAAACGAUGAGAGAGAAAUGAGAAACGUGGAGGAGUUGAUGCAAGAUUUCGGGAGCCGUCAGAAGGAGCGGUGGAAGAGUAAGAGGAUUGUGGUGAAUUUUCGGAAAGCAGAGGCGGCUCUUGCGCAGCUGGAAAAUCGGGAUAUUGUUGAGGUGGAGAAAAAGGAAGACGAGGACGAAGAAAAGGAAGAGGAGGAAGAAGAAGAAGAAAUUACAGAAGAGGAUUUGCUAAAUAUAUUGCUGAAGCUAAGAGAUGAGUUCCGUUACUGCCUCUUCUGUGGAUGUCAGUAUGAGACCAUGGCGGCGCUCAUGUCCGACUGCCCGGGAAUAGAUGAAGAUGACCACUAGAAAAACGGGGUUUUGAUUCCUUGGAGGUUACAUAUUAUGUUUUGAUUCAUGCUAAAUUGCUAGGUUAUUAUGUCCUUCUUAGACAGUACGAUGUUGUGUGAAAAACAUGGGGUUAACGGUAAUAAAAGUUCUCGAGUUCUUU